UCUGCCGUGAUACGUCUGUCAUUUGUUUUUAACUUGUAAACAGUGGGUGUCGGAAAUCAUCAUUUGUUUUAUGAAAAUAAUGUAAAAUACUACAACAAAUACUCGUUUUCUCUUAUCAAUAAAAUAUAUAUCGUGCUUGAAACAGAGUGGAUUUAUUUUUGUCGUUUGAAACCAAUAAAAAUCCAUCAAGAUGGAGCAAAUAAUACACCAAGUCGCGCAAAAUAUGGAGAAACAGCUGGACAGCGAGAUUGAAAGGCUAGAUGCUCUCGAUAACAGUGACUUGGAAGCGAUAAGACAACAGCGUAUUGCCGAGAUGAAACAGCGCGCUAAACAAAAGCAGGAGUGGCUUGCUAUUGGUCACGGCGAAUACACGGAAAUCGAAAAUGAGAAAGAAUUCUUCACGGUUUGCAACAAGAGCGACAAUGUUGUGUGCCACUUCUACCGCAACGACACUCCGCGCUGUCGUAUUGUUGACAUGCACCUCAAGCUGCUGGCUAAGAAACACAUCGAGACACGAUUUGUCAAGCUCGAUGCCGAGAGAGCGCCCUUUUUGGCCGGCCGUCUAAAGAUCCGCGUGAUCCCCACAAUAGGGCUUGUUAAAACCAAUAAGACAAAGGACUUCAUAGUUGGCUUCACAGACCUCGGGGGACGAGAUGACUUCAGCACCGAGAUGCUAGAGUGGAGGAUAGCCAGGGCCGAUGUAAUAGAAUACUCUGGUGACCUGCUCGUGCCCCCCACUGAGGCUAAGAAACAGCGCGCAUUGCACAUACAGAGCAAAAAGACAAUCCGAGGCCCAGCGGACUCGGAUUCAGAUCUGGAUUUUAGUGACUAGUUACAAAUAUUGCCAUUAAUUACCUUAUGUUAAAUAUAGCAUUCAAACUUUUUCUUUGCUAAUAAUCAUAUUGUCGAAAGUUCCAGACAGUUUUUGACACUUUUAAAAUUAUGAAGCUAAAAUAAUAUUUUGUCAAAUAAAAAUAAAUAAAGUAUUAUCUUUAAUAUUUA